GACAGACCCAUGCAGUAAAUUCUUUUUUUUUUUUUUCAUGUACUUUUGGAUACAAUAACACGUGCAAAAUGGAAGCAAUGUGAUGCCUAUUGGAGAAAAUCUGUGAUGUUAGAUUUAUAGCUUUUGAUUUACCGAACAAAGCAGCUGUAGGGUUCAUAUUACAGCAAUCUUGGUGACUUGUAAGACAUGAGGUCCUCAUCUUCUAGACUUUCGAGCUUUUCUUCAAAGGAUUCUUUAUGGAACCGGAUGCCGGAUCAGAUCUCGGUGUCCGAGUUUCUCUCCGAGACUACUGAGGAUUACAACUCCCCGACCACAUCGAGCUUCACCACUCGACUACAAAGCUGCAGGAACACCGUCAGUGUGCUGGAAGAGGCAUUGGAUCAAGACAGAACUGCACUACAGAAGGUGAAAAAGUCAGUUAAAGCAAUAUUCAAUUCAGGUCAAGAUCACAUUCAAAAUGAAGAGAACUAUGCACAAGCUCUUGAUAAAUUUGGUAGUAAUUUUAUAAGCCGUGACAACCCAGAUCUUGGCACAGCUUUUGUAAAAUUUUCCUCCCUUACCAAGGAGUUAUCAACGCUACUGAAAAAUCUGCUCCAGAGUAUGAGCCACAAUGUCAUCUUUACCUUGGAUUCUCUGUUAAAAGGAGAUCUGAAAGGCGUAAAAGGGGAUAUAAAGAAACCAUUUGACAAGGCUUGGAAGGAUUAUGAGGCUAAGAUUACAAAAAUUGAAAAGGAGAAACGAGAGCAUGCCAAACAGCAUGGCAUGAUUCGAACAGAGAUUACAGGAGCAGAAAUAGCCGAAGAGAUGGAGAAGGAAAGGCGACUUUUUCAGCUUCAGAUGUGUGAGUAUCUGAUUAAAGUGAACGAAAUCAAGACAAAAAAGGGAGUGGACCUUCUGCAAAACCUCAUAAAGUAUUACCAUGCACAAUGCAAUUUUUUUCAGGAUGGCUUGAAAACGGCAGACAAACUCAAACAAUAUAUAGAAAAGCUGGCCGCUGACCUGUACAAUAUAAAACAAACACAAGAUGAAGAAAAGAAGCAGCUGACAGCCCUUAGAGACUUGAUUAAAUCGUCACUGCAGCUUGACCAGAAAGAGUCUAGAAGAGACUCUCAAAGCAAGCAGGGGGGAUACAGUAUGCACCAGCUUCAGGGCAAUAAGGAGUUUGGCAGUGAAAAGAAGGGAUAUCUCUCAAAGAAAAGUGACGGGUUAAGAAAAGUUUGGCAGAGAAGAAAGUGCUCUGUUAAGAAUGGCAUACUUACAAUCUCACAUGCGACAUCCAACAGACAGCCUGUAAAACUGAACCUUCUCACCUGUCAAGUAAAACCAAAUGGAGACGACAAGAGGUGUUUUGACCUGAUAUCCCAUAACCGAACUUAUCACUUCCAGGCAGAAGAUGAACAAGAGUUUGUAAUUUGGAUAUCAGUGUUAACCAAUAAUAAGGAAGAAGCUUUAAACAUGGCAUUUCGGGGGGAGCAGAGCACUGGUGAGAACAGCUUAGAAGAUCUUACUAAAGCCAUUAUUGAUGAUGUUCUGAGAAUGCCUGGCAAUGAAGUCUGCUGUGACUGCGGAGCACCAGAUCCUAAAUGGUUGUCAACAAACCUGGGCAUUUUGACGUGCAUAGAAUGCUCUGGAAUACACAGGGAAAUGGGGGUGCACAUUUCAAGAAUCCAGUCCAUGGAACUUGAUAAACUAGGAACUUCUGAACUCUUGCUGGCCAAGAAUGUAGGAAACUGUAGUUUUAAUGAAAUUGUGGAAGGAAACCUCCCUUGUCCUUCACCAAAGCCCACUCCAUCAAGUGAUAUGACUGCACGCAAAGAAUUUAUUAAUGCUAAAUAUGUAGAUCAUAAGUUUACCAGGAAGACCUGCAUAUCGGCAUCAGCUAAAAUGAAUGAGCUGUUUGAUGCUGUUAAAUCCAGAGACUUACUUGCACUAAUUCAAGUCUAUGCAGAGGGGGUAGAGCUGAUGGAGCCACUGCCAGAAACUGGACAGGAGCCGGGAGAAACAGCACUUCAUUUCUCAGUGCGGACUGCAGACCAAACUUCACUUCACCUGGUUGAUUUUCUUGUUCAAAAUAGUGGUAAUCUAGACAAGCAGACUGGAAAGGGAAAUACAGCUCUACACUACUGCUGUAUAUAUGAGAAACAUGAAUGUUUGAAGCUGCUUCUGAGAGGCAAGCCAACUACAGAUAUAACUAACCAGAAUGGGGAGACUGCAUUAGACAUAUCCAGAAGAUUGAAGAAUACACAGUUGGAAGAGCCACUUGUCCAAGCAGCUGCUGGAAAGUUCAAUCCACAUGUUCAUGUAGAAUAUGAAUGGAAUCUCGGGCUCGAGGAAAUUGAUGAAAGCGAUGAUGAUUUAGAUGACAAGCCAAGUCCAAUAAAGAAAGAGCGAUCUCCGAGACCCCAAAGUUUUUGCCACUCCUCCAGCCUUUCUCCUCAAGACAAACUGGCACUUCCAGGCUUUGGAAGUCAGCGAGACAAACAGAGGCUGUCUUAUGGAGCGUUUACAAAUCAGAUGUACAGCUCAGCUACAGACUCUCCCACCUCCCCAAUCAUAGAUGCCCCUCCUCUUCCUCCAAGAAAUACAGGCAAAGCUUCCCCUGGCCCUCAUUCCGCCCUCCCUGUUGGCACUCAACCCCCUAGUGGCAGCUCCACUUUGUCCAAGAAAAGACCACCACCCCCUCCCCCUGGACAUAAACGCACCCUCUCUGACCCGCCAAGCCCUCAGAAUAAAGGUGUGACUCAUUGGGGUAAUGAUUUCGGUCCAGCUUCUACAAACAAAACUUCAACAGGGAACAAGUUUGAUGGAAUUACUCAGCAGCAAAGCACCGGGACCACAAAAUCUACUCUGGGCCCAAGAGUUCUUCCCAAACUACCUCAAAAAGUUGCAUUAAGAAAAAUCGAUACCAUUCAUCACCCUUCAGUAGACAAACCCAGUCAGCCCCCUGAGGUUUUCCAGAAGUCUCCCCAGCCUGUUGAAAUACCCCAGAAACCUCAGUUAAGAGAAAAGCCCCAGCCAGUAGACCUGCCCCCCAAGCCUCAGAUUGGAGACUUGCCCCCCAAACCAGGAGAACUUCCCCCAAAGCCCCAGCUGUCAGAUUUACCCCCUAAGCCCCAGCUUGGAGAUUUACCUCCCAAGCCACAGGCCAAGGAUCUUCCACCCAAACCUCAGCUUACAGAGAUGCCUCCAAAACCACAAUCUGGAGAGAGUUUGCAGAAGUCUCCACCACUGGAAGUGGCAGCAAAACCACAACCUAUAGAAAUACCUUCAAAUCUGUCAGGGGAUGCUGUGCAGAAUCAGCCCUCGGAGGAUACCAAUGGUACAUCCCCUAGUUUACCAGAGAUGCCAGUUCCUCUACCUAGGAAAAUAAAUGCAGGGAAGAACAAGGUGCGGCGAGUCAAAACGAUUUAUGACUGCCAAGCUGACAACGAUGAUGAGUUGACAUUUCUGGAGGGUGAGGUGAUUAUUGUUACUGGUGAAGAGGAUCAAGAGUGGUGGAUUGGACACAUCGAGGGACAGCCAGACCGGAAGGGUGUCUUCCCAAUGUCAUUUGUUCACAUCUUAUCUGACUAGCAGCAAACUGACUUGUGCAUUGCACGUCUUCAUUAAUAAAAGCAUUAGGCUUCUUAAGCAAAGUGAAUGACUGAUGCCUCCUCUUAACCAUGUGCACAACUAUGUAAAUAGCUGCUGUUAAAAAAUGAUUCCUUUAGGUUCACCAUAUAAGAUGUAAAGUAUAUAUGUAAAGUAAAUAUACUGUGUUAUCCUGCCAGUAUUACCAUAGCCUUGGAA